UUAACAGCGCACCAUUAAUAAACCUCCUCUCUCUCCUGCAAAACUGCUUUUUGGCCUGCGCGAAGGUCCCUCAGUUGCUCGUCAACGUCGCGCACUUUGCCGCAUGUGAUGCAAGUAAUUACAGGCUACUUCUUUCUGGUUGAGGUUACCCCUCCAGGGAGGUUGGAGCGACUGGACUGUCAUGCCGGCAACGGUCAGGCCAGACGCCGUCGCUUUUCCCUUCCGCGGGGUCAGACGCAGCAUCGCGUUGCAGUGGGCCGGGCGGGUUGUGUAGUGUAAUCCGAAAGUCAGGGAGGACAGGCCGGCAUGGGGGCCUGGAUGGCGGCACGGGGCGGGGGGAAUGUGAGGGGUGAAUCCGGGCAGAAGCAAGGGACAAGUGUUCCCCGGUCACGGGAAAAGUGGGCUGAGCCCCCGCCACGUCUCCAGUCUGACCCGCCCCGCCAUGUGUCCAGCCACGUCCCGCUGCCAAGCACAAGCACAGCCCAGCAGUCAACCUAACAGCGGAAAUGCCUACUGUCACACGCCUGCAUGUGACCUGACAUGGCGCGUGUCGGUACCAGGGUUUUGCUGCCGUGCCGUUACCAGGUGUCGAGUUAUGGGUAUUCAGUCACGUCAGCUGUGUGGGAAUCGGUCGCCCAGUAGCCUACUAAGUGGGCAUAUCUUCGUUUACUGAGCACCUGUGCGCAAGCGUGCUGUGCAGGUGCCGGUGACUGUGCACGAGUGUGCGCGGGUACAUUCCGGCAUCCAGUGGGAUGCCGGUGCUUAGUGCGCGUCAGCAUGAAGGAUCGCAUGACACUACCAGGGGCGCCCCUGGCACGUAGGAUCGCGUGGCACUACCAGGCGCUGUGGGAUGCGAGUGAUGAGUACGCGGUGUGCUGUCGUGGCACUGGGCGCGCUCUGAUCCUGAGGUCCCUCCGUGGGGACGUCUGCGCCUGGGAGCGGGAAUGGGUGGCGGACGGUGGCCCUUCCGUGUGCCCACGGGGCCUGGUGCCGCAGCUGCUGGAGGUUGCGGCGCGCGCGGACGCGGAGUUGUUGCGGGCGCUCUGGGCGGGGCCGUUCUAAUGUGCUGUCCUGGUUUGGUGGCGUGUUCGUGCGUGUGCGCCGGCGGUUGUUCGUGCGCUGGCGGUUGUUCCUGUGCGGUAGCCGGUCUGCUUUGUUGUGGAGGUCGGUUGGCUGCUGCCUGUGUGCCCCGGUUUGCGUGGGGCCCGUGCCCCGGGUUGCUGCGGGUGGGGGCGUGUGUGACUGCGCGUGGUCGUCCGCCUGCUGUGGUUCCCGUGUCGUCGCUUUAGACUGCUUCGUUGCUGGGUCAGUUCGCGCGGCCGCUUGGUUCAGCGUGCGGGCGUGGCGGUCGGGUAGCUGCUGCCUGUGUUCCCUGGCCUGCUUGGGACCCGGGGCCCGGCUUGCAGUGUUUUGGUGCGGGGGGACGGCGCGCUGUUGUGCGUGUGUGCCUGUGGAGGUUUCCCGUUCUCGGGGUGGUUUGGGCUUGGGUGCUGGGUUUCCGCCGUUGCUCUGUCCCCUGCCGUCUGUUUCUUGCUUUUUAUUGGCUGGUGCGGUCGUCCCUGGCGUUCUGCUUGCUUGCGUUGAAGGUUGCGUGCCGGUGUGGUGCUGCGCCUUCCGCUUCCUUCUCCUUUGUAACCAUUCUCUCCA